AUGAUGCUGACAAGAAGAAUACACAAGAAUGGUAGUGCUGGCGGUCCACAAGCACACCAACAUGAAAAAGUCAUUGUCUUUGUCGCCAAAAAGUUUAGUUGCAAUGAUUUGGCCAAUCGACUUUGGGACGAAGGAUUCGCCGUCGAUUCCCUGCACGGAGAUCGACCCCAAUGGGAACGCACCAAAGUCAUGCAUGCCUUUAAAAGUGGUCUCCUACGGAUCUUGAUUGCCACUGAUGUGGCCAGUCGAGGAUUGGAUGUCAAGGAUAUCGGAACAGUCGUCAACUACGACAUGCCCAUUGGCGUCAAUGGCGUCGAAGAUUAUGUCCAUCGCAUUGGAAGGACCGGACGUGCCGGUGCCAAGGGGAAAGCAUUUACCUUUUUCACUCGUGGGGACAAGAAAUGCGCCACGAAACUCGUGGAAGUCCUCCAAAAAUCGGAUCAAACCAAUAUCCCGCCGGAACUGUUGGCCAUGGUGCGACCUUCGUUUGGACGUGGAGGUGGCCGUGGACGCGGUGGCAGAGGAGGGUAUCAAGCCAGUCGUGGCGGUGGCGGACGGAAUUACAUGGGAGGCGGCGGUGGCCGUGGUGGGUACGGCAGAGGUGGUGGAUCGUACGGUGGUGGUGGAGGAGGUUAUGGAGGAUCCUCGUAUGGUGGUGGAAGAGGAGGAGGAAGAGGUUACGGUGGUCGGGGAGGAGGUCGUGGCGGUGGCCGAGGCUAUGGUCGCUAG